CUCCCGGCGACGGCCGCGGCCAGCCCCGUGCCCGCUCCACCCAGCCGCCGCGGCCCCACGUCCGGAGCCACGGCCGGCCCGGCCCGAGAUACGAGGAGGCAUCUCUACCUGAUGGCCUGGCAAGCAGUGGGUCGCCGUGACCAUCAUGCACAGUGGUAACGCCAGGCGUCCCCCCCGCCGCUUCUGAACCCAGCCACAAGUUCGAGCCCAGCACCCUCCCUGGCCGCGCCAUGAGCCACGGGCCAAGUCCCCGACUGGCCGAGUCCCCGCAGCUAUCCAAGGGCAGCCUGCUGACCAUCCUGGGCAGUCCGUCGCCCGAGCGCAUGGGGCCGAUCGACUCGCUGCCCCCCACGCCACCCAGCGGCACGCCCUCGCCGGGGCCGCCGCCCGCGCUGCCCUUGCCACCGCCGUCCACGCUGCUGGCCGACGGGGACUGGGAGAGCCGCGAGGAGCUGCGCUUGCGGGAGCUUGAGGAGGCGCGCGCCCGAGCGGCGCAGAUGGAGAAGACCAUGCGCUGGUGGUCGGACUGCACGGCCAACUGGCGCGAGAAGUGGAGCAAGGUCCGCGCCGAGCGCAACCGCGCGCGCGAGGAGGUGCGCCAGCUGCGCCAGCGCCUGGACGCGCUCACCAAGGAGCUGGCUGGUGCGCGGCGCGAGCGCCAAGAAGCGCAGGGAGAGUGCGAGGCGCGGGGCCGCGAGCUGGCGCUGCUGCGGGGCUCCCGAGGCGCCGCGGACAAGACACACGAAGACCCAGAGCCGGAUCCAGAGCGGGAGCAUGAGCCGGUGCGCGACGUCGGGUCGGAGAGGCCCCAGGGCAGCCAGGACCUGGAGCUGGUGGAGACCCUCCUGAAGAACAGACCAGAGGAGCCCGAGGGCUGCUGGGAGGCUCGCAGCCUGGGGUCUGGGGGCCCUCGGGGCAGCUCCAGCCGCCAGGAGCGCAGCCGGCUACCCUGGGAGGACACCGCCAGCACCGAGGAGGACACCUCCAAGCUGACCGCCCUGCGCCUUCGGCUGGACGAGUCCCAGAAGGUGCUGCUCAAGGAGCGAGAGGAUAAGAUGGCCCUGAGCAGGAACAUUGAGAAGCUGGAGGGGGAGCUGAGCCAGUGGAAGAUCAAGUAUGAGGAGCUGAGCAAGACCAAGCAGGAGAUGCUCAAGCAGCUCAGCAUCCUGAAGGAGGCGCACCAGGACGAGCUGGGCCGCAUGUCCGAGGACCUGGAGGACGAGCUGGGCGCGCGCUCCAGCAUGGACCGGAAGAUGGCUGAGCUGCGGGGCGAGAUGGAGCGUCUGCAGGCCGAGAAUGCGGCCGAGUGGGGCCGGCGGGAGCGGCUGGAGACCGAGAAGCUGGGCCUGGAGCGGGAGAACAAGAAGCUGCGCGCUCAGGUCAGCGACCUGGAGGAGGCCCUGGCCCGGCGACGGCGACAAACAGCCAGCGCCCUGGACUGCGACCUGCGGGCCAGCCAGGCUGCGCUCUUCGAGAAGAACAAGGAGCUGGCCGACCUGAAGCACGUGCACGGCAAGCUGAAGAAGCAGUUUCAGGAGAAGGUGGCUGAGCUGGCGCACGCCAACCGGCGGGUGGAGCAGCACGAGGCCGAGGUGAAGAAGCUGCGGCUGCGGGUGGAGGAGCUCAAGAAGGAGCUGGCCCAGGCCGAGGACGAGCUGGACGAGGCCCACAACCAGGCGCGCAAACUGCAGCGGUCCCUGGACGAGCAGACGGAGCAGAGCGAGAACCUUCAGGUGCAGCUGGAGCACCUGCAGUCCAGGCUCCGCAGGCAGCAGCAGAACGCACCCCUCUUCGGGAAGAUCCGCAGCACCCGCUUUGGCACCGAGGAGGCCGGGGAUGGAGCCAGUGACCUAGAUGAGGACGAGGACCUGCAGAUCCAGGUGGCCUAGAGCCUCCCAGGGCUGGGCAGGACUGGCCGGAAGCCACAGACCCCCAGGCUGACCAGCCACAUGAAGGGGCACAGCUGCCUGUGUGUGCCGUGGGUCCAGAYGMGGCUCCCACCACGGACCGUCCCUCCCUCCAUGGCCUCACAGGACGCCUGGGGAAGGGACUCCUGCCUCACGUAUGUCAUUUGCACGUCCAGGACUGUGUGGGCCAUUGGUUUUGUAAACACAGGACGCUCAAGGCCCAGUCCAGGUGACCUCAGCAUCCAGGAUUUACGCAGGGCGGAACCUGUGGGGGAAGGUUGCUGGGGGCCCCACUGGGCUGCCUUGGUGGUCUGGCAGGAGCUGUUCGUAAUACGAUGCGACGAACCCAGUCUUUUGUAAUAAAUGGAGUUCAAAAUCUUGGGGCAGAGUCCUAAAAGUGUGGCUGACCCAGGAGGGCACAUGGGGGUCAGUGUCAGCCUGCACCUGA